AUGAUUUUGUUCACAAACACAAACGGUCUCAGAAUUUUCGGAAAAGCAGGAUUAGUCGAUGGUUAUGGUUCCUCUUGGUGGCCAUGCAAAAAUUGUCCAAGACCAGCGGUCCUUGGUUUUAAUGCAUGCAAUGGGCUCAGUGUUAAUUACCUGAGCAUCAGAAAUAGUCCCAGAGCUCACAUAACCAUAAAUGGUUGUGAGGGUGCCACAUUCUCUCACAUUAACAUUCGUUCUCCUGCUGAUAGUCCUAACACUGAUGGAAUUAACAUUUCUUCUUCCAAAAAUAUAUUGAUAAAAGAUUCCAACAUAGCUUCUGGUGAUGAUUGUAUUGCAAUCAUAGGUGAAUCUUCUUACAUUAAUGCCACUGGAAUUGCUUGUGGACCAGGACAUGGAAUAAGCAUUGGUAGCCUGGGUAGAAACAAUGGCCGUGACAUUGUGGAACAUGUUCGUGUUUAUAAUUGUAGCUUCACGAAAACUACAAAUGGAGCAAGAAUCAAGACAUUUUCGGGUGGAUCAGGUUAUGCCAAAAGAAUCACAUUUGAGAAAAUCACAUUAAACCAAUUUUACAACCCUAUAAUUAUAGAUCAACACUAUAAUCAUAUGAAUGCAGGAGGAGGAGUCCAAGUGAGUGAGGUGACAUUUCGUGGGUUUCGAGGAACAUCUACAAACGACAGAGCUAUAAAUUUAGGUUGUGGUUCACCAGGUUGCUUCAACAUUGUGUUGGAUAAAAUCAAAAUUGUUUCUUCUCAACCAAGAAAACCAGCUUCUUGUUCAUGUAGAAAUGCUCAUGGAAGAGCUACAUCCACUGUUCCAAAUUGUAAUAUCUCAUUGAGAUGA